GUGACAGGUGAUCCCGCCUAUCAAGCCUCCAGCAGCGGGGAGGCGGGGCAGCACGUCAUGUGACUGACCAUGCGCAGAUGGUGGGGAGCUGGCAGCAAUUUCCUGUUACACCUUAACCCGGGGUCUUCUGUGUGUACGAUGGCCGCGCAGAGCAGCAGCCCUUUAGAUCACUUCAGCCUGAUCGGUCCCGGAAUUGACGUCAGACACCCACCCUGCAAACGCCUGGACACUCCUGCGUUUUCCCUACCACUCCCAGAAAACGGAAUUAAGUUCUCCCUAUAUGCAAUGAUGCCCUCAAGGAGUAGCGCAACUGUAAUGCCAAAUAGCAAAGUGAAGUACUCCAAGCUUUCUGACACAGAUGAUGGCUACAUUGAUCUUCAGUUUAAGAGGAGCCCUCCAAAAAUUCCUUACAAAGCCAUUGCUUUGGCAACUGUCCUGUUCCUGAUUGGUACUUUGCUGAUUGUGAUCGGAGCCCUCCUAAUUACUGGCCACAUUAGUAAUGGGGGGAAUGAACGUGCCAUUCCUAUACUGAUCAUUGGAAUUCUGGUUUUCCUGCCCGGAUUUUACCACCUCCGAAUCGCUUAUUAUGCUUCUAAAGGAUACAGAGGUUAUUCGUACGACGACAUUCCAGACUUUGAUGACUGAGCCGCUGUGGGAACGGCACGUAUGAUAGGGCUGCACUUGGAGCCUGCCGAUAGAAGUAGGACAAGCAGAAGCAGACCCCACUGUACAUACAAUGUGGCUUCAGUGUAGCUGUACAGUUGUGAAAAUUAAGUAGAUUGCUGCUUCUAACAUUGUAAACACCUUUCUGCAACUAUCCAAAAAGUUUUGGAAGGUGGGGCCAUCCCAUAGCUGCGAUAAGAUCACAGCAGACUUUCUUUUAAACAAAUGAUUAUACCGGCAAGUAAAGAACUGUAUGCAAUAAGAGCAAAUAUGUAAACACCUGGACAAAUCCAGACUAUAUUUCAUGACUUGGACAUGUACCAACAUUUUUCAGUCCCACCAAAAGGACAUGUAGUCAUGGACAUGGGAAAUUGAACUGUACUAAUUUCAUUUUUUUUUUUUUAAUCGAUCAAAUCCAUGGGAUGAGAGCUAUACGAGCUGUACAGGUGUAUCUAUAGAAAUGAUUCUGUUUACAAAACACAAAUGCAGACCUGUCACGUGCUUCCCUACCAUGAUUCUGUGUACGACAUUGAAGUAACUUAUAUGAAGGUGGGUGCUGUUCUAUUUGUGUCCCCCAUUCAUCAUGGCGCUGCUGCUUUACAUAAUGCAUUUUCAUUCUUGCACACACCAAAGUAUAACAUGCUUCGUGUCCAGGUAAAAGACAUGGGGCGGGAUGUAUUACCAGCCAAACUGACUUUUUUUUUUUAAAGGGGCAAUCACUUAAAGGGCAUGGUUUUGCCCUGUGAUUACCCCUUUAAAAAAAUGUCCGACUUUGGCCGACAUCCCGCACGGCGGCCGAACUGUGGCGGCAGUAGAUCCCGCCCAUGAUCUGACAUCUUUGUGCCGUACCUUAAUUGCUGCCCUUUUAAGUUGAAAUAAAUGUUAAUUAUUUAAUUGAA